UUUUUUCUUCUUGUAUAUAAAAAAGAAAUGCCUUCUUCCUUGUCUGCAAAAUAUUCCAUUUUCCAAAGUGACAAUGCUCUUCGUGCCAGUGGUCCAAUUACAGAUGAUGCCCCUAUGCGUUUAAGAAUGGAAAGAUACGUCCGAGAUCUCCAAGAUCGUAUUUGUAAAGGUAUCGAAGAGGUGGAUGGAAAAGGUAAGUUUGUACGUUCUGUUUGGGAGCGACCUGAAUACGGUGGAGAAGGCAUCACCUGUGUCAUGUCUGAUGGAGAUGUGAUGGAAAAGGCUGGCGUCGCCGUCUCUGUCAUCUAUUCCGAACUCUCACCUGAAGCCGUUCGACAAAUGCGUGAAGACCGUGGUAAAGAUAUCAAUGUGGAAGGCACUGUUCCCUUCUUCGUGACAGGCAUCUCGCUCGUCAUGCAUGCCAAAAACCCUCAUGCUCCUACCGUCCAUUUAAAUUAUCGUUACUUUGAAGUCAUGAAUCCAGAUGGCACACCCAAUAUAUGGUGGUUCGGUGGUGGGGCCGAUUUGACACCUGUCUAUCUCUAUGAAGAAGAUGCCAUCUUGUUUCAUACAAUGUACAAGGAAGGAUGUGAUAAAUUCGACAAGUCUUAUUAUCCCAAGAUGAAGAAGGAUUGUGACAAGUACUUUCUAAACGUCCAUCGUGGUGAGGCUCGUGGUGUUGGUGGUAUAUUCUAUGAUGAUUUCAAUUCUAAACCUGCUGAAGAGAUCUUUGAAUUUGUACAAGAAUUGGGAAACCGUUUCUUACCAUCCUACGUGCCUAUCUUACAGAGACGCAAGGAUAUGGAGUAUACAGAUGAAAUGCAACGUUGGCAGCAAAUUCGUCGAGGCCGCUAUGUUGAAUUUAAUUUGGUUUGGGAUCGUGGCACCAAAUUUGGUCUUGCUACACCUUGUGCCCGUGUCGAAUCCAUCUUGAUGACCCUUCCUCUCACUGCUCGAUGGGAAUACAUGCACGAACCUGAGGCUGGCUCUAGGGAGGCUGCAUUGGAAGAAGUCCUCAAAAAUCCCAAAGAUUGGGCAUCUCUUAAAAAUUAACAUGUCUCUCUCUCUCUCUCUCUCUCUCUCUCUCUCUCUCUCUCUCUCUCUCUCUCUCUCUCUCUCUCUCUCUCU